ACAACCUCAAAGAAUCAAAAUGUUCACCAAAGUACUCCUCGUUGCCGUCGCAGUGGCAGCUGUAGCUGCUCAAGACCACCACCACGAGCACCACCACCACGCCUCCUCCUCACAGAGCCUCAAGCAGUACCACGGGAAAGCCACUGAGAAACACGUCGAGUACUAUUCCCACCCUAAGUAUGAGUUCGCGUACAAAGUGGAGGACCCUCACACCGGUGACAAGAAGUCCCAACAUGAGUCCCGCGACGGUGACGUCGUGAAGGGCGUGUACAGUCUGCACGAGCCCGACGGUACUGUCAGGAUCGUGGAGUACCACGCUGACAAGAAGACUGGAUUCAACGCUAACGUCAGGCGUGAGGGUCACGCCAAACACAUUGUUCCUGAACACCACCACCAGUACCACCACUAAUUCUAGACGAAAGAUCUCAUUGUUAUUUAAUGUAAUCCGAUUGUUAUAAUGCU